AUGUCGUCCUCUGCCCCGCCCUCGCUCUCGGUGUUCAAUGUGUUCUGGCUUCUCCAUGUGAUCGUGGAAAUGCCUGUAGCGCUGCUUGCAUUCUUCAAGCCGCAAGACUUCCCGCUCGCUGGCUUGAACGAUACGACUGUGCUGAUCAUGCGGCUCCUUGCUACCAUGCUCCUUACGUCGUGCCUCGCCUCGCUCUUGUGUUUCGGCUUGCCAGACUAUCUGCCAGGCAAGCGUGCGUUUGCGAUGCACCUGCUGCUCUUCCACGGCUUCAUCUCGGCUAUCUUUCUGCAAGUGCGUGACGGUAUCAUCUUCUUUGAGCUGCCGAAGUUCGUCUUGGAGCUGAUCCCGGCCGCUGCUCAGGUGAAGAACACGGUGUGGAUUGCCGCUACGCAUGGCCUGGUCUCGUUCGUGGCUGUGCUUUGGUGGCAAGCCACGCUGCCUCUUGUCAAGGCCGUCACAGCCCACGCCAAGGCUGAGUGA